AUGACGAUAGUAUUGUUUGAUAGAGAAGAAGAUGCCUAUUGGUGGAUUCUAUGUUUGGAGAAAUUUUUCAAGGAGCAUGAAACACCCAAAUCAUUGAAGAUUUUAAAAGCUAUUGGAGCAUUGAAAGAGUAUGCUGCAGCGGUUGUUCAUGCUGUGAAGGAUGUAUGUAAUCGUCGGAACGUGAAGCACCAUGUGAUUUGCAGCGAGAGUGGUAGGGCCAUUGUGUCUUAUCAUUCAAUUUUGAUUUUUGAGGCUAUUGGUGCAACACUUAGAGGGUAUCUCCAACACCGUGGCCAAGAAGGCGCAGGAAUAGUCACCGUGAAUAACAACAUCCUUCAAUCCAUCAUCGGCGUUGGUCUUGUUUCCGAUGUCUUCAACGAAUCUAUGCUCGAUCAGUUACCCGGAAGCUUAGCUAUUGGCCAUGUUCGUUAUUCCACUGCUGGACAAUCCAUGCUGAAAAACGUUCAACCUUUCGUUGUUGGGUACCAUUUUGGUUCUGUUGGGGUUGCUCAUAACGGUAAUUUGGUUAACUAUCGCACUUUGAGAGCUAAGCUUGAAGAAAAAUGUUCAAUUUUUAACACUACUUCUGAUACUGAAAUUGUACGAUCAGAAAUUGUUCUUCAUUUGAUUGCUACUUUAAAGCAUAGACCUUUUAUAUUGAAAAUUAUUGAUGCAUGUGAGAAGAUUAAAGGGGCUUAUUCUAUUGAGUUUGUUAUGGAGGAUAAGCUUGUUGCUGUGAGAGAUCCUUUCGAGUUUCGACCUUUGGUUAUGGGGAGGAGAAAUAAUGGUGUGGUUAUUUUUGCUUCUGAGACUUGUGCUCUUGAUUCAAUUGAAGCUACUUAUGAGAGGGAAGUGUUCCCUAGUGAGGUUGUUGUGGUUGACGAUAAUGGGAUUCAAUCUCUUUGUCUCAUGUCUCAUCCACAGCCGAAGCAAUGUAUUUUCGAGCAUAUUUACAUUGUUUUGCCUAAUUCUGUUGCUUUUGGUAGGUCUGUGUACGAGUCGCGUAGACGAUUCGGUGAGGUGCUUCCUACUGGUCAACCGUGGUCGUCCUUAAUUGGUUGCAGCAGUGAAUUGGCAGUGUUUUAUGAAAAUGGCCCUUUCGAAAUUGCCAACAAGAUGUCCCUUACAUGGAACGAAUAUGAUUGGGACAAGGCAAUUUUUGCUGCACAUCCUGAAUAUGCUACACAUGAUAUUUUUGUAACGGGUGAAUCAUAUGCUGGGCACUAUGUUCUGGUUUUUACUGCUCGUGUCCACAAGGGAAGCAAAGCUAAAGAAAUAAUUCAUAUAAACUCGAAGGGAUUUGCCAUUGUUAAUGGGUUCACUAAUUUUGGAAUUCAUUAUAAAGCUUAUGCAGAUUAUGUACUUGACAUGGGCAUAAUUGAACAGCCUGACUAUGACAGCAUCAACAAAGUGUUGGUUCCAGCCCACGAAUUGGCAAUCAAACUAUGCGGUACAGAUGGAAAAAUCUCGUGCACAACUUCAUAUUUUGUUUGUAAUACUAUAUUCAUUCCCAUCAUGUCACAUGCUACACAUAUCAAUUACUACGACAUCAGAAAAAAGUGUGGAGGGAUUCUUUGCUAUGAUUUUUCGAACAAGGAAAAGUUCCUGAACCAAGGAUUUGUUCGGGAUGCACUAGGGGUUGGAGAUAUUGAUUUUGUGUCUUGCAGCUCUAUAGUUUAUCAGGCUAUGCUAGUGGAUUGCAGGUAUGUAUUCAUUAUUCUAAUAUUAGCUGGCAUUAUUCUGAUACCGGUUCUUCUACUUGUUGCUUUAACGAAUGGUGGUGGGAAGAAACAAACAGUUAGCAAAGCAACUUUCAAUGAACUUGGCGAGUUAUCAAUGGGAAACAUCACAGCAAGUAGUGCAAGGUUGUGGGCGUGUUUUAAUACCUGCUAUUGGAUUUCACUUGUUUCAUUAUUCUUCUUAUGGAAGAAGCGUGCCUGUGCCGAAGCAAUAUAUGUAGGUUCAAAAACAACUGCGCUAAACCAGAAGGUACAAGACCAACCAACGAGACUAGCUGUCUUGGAAUUAUUGGAAAGAAAAAAAAGUGGACAACAUAGAGUAUUGCCAUGA